GAUUGUCUCCCUGCUCUCCAGAGAGAGAGGGCGAGGGUGGGAAAGGGAUCGGAGACCCAGAGGAAAACCAUCUGGCUUUGUGAGCGGCUCAGCUGUGCUGGUGGCUCUUCUCCACCAAAUCCUCUCCGGAAACUCAGGGGCUGGGGCCGUCUCCCAGAAAACCUCCGCUGACCAUGCCCCGGGCACAAGAAUCCAAGGGUGCUCACGGACCCCUGGUUUGUGUCUUACGUUUUAUAAGUGAUGAUGUCCGUCUUCAACUCUUCUCUUUUUUUCCUUUAAAUCACUGACGUUUUUGGAGCUUUACUGGGUGCCAAAUACUCUCUUACGCACUUGACCGAAAUGAUCACGCGCGCUCCAGUCGUGAGCUGGGUGCCCCUGUCAACCCAUGUUCAGAGAAGUACACCGGGGCGCAGAGGGGUUAGGUGACUGUCUCAGGGGCGCGCAGCCAUAAAUGGAGGAGGCGGGACUCCAGCCCCAGCAGGCUGACUCCUCUUAAUCCCAUGCCCGGUGGCCUCUGCCUCCCUGCUUGGAUUUUCUGGUUUAACAAGUUACCAGGAAAGCAAUGGGUGCUCCCAGGGAAACUCUGACCCUGUGACGUAAGAUGUCAUUUAAUUCAGAAUUUGGCUGAACUCUCCUUGACGGUACUGACCUCACUUGAGCACUUAGCCCUUCAUAACCCUACUGUUUCUAGCCGAAAACUCACUCUGGGUGCCAGCUCUGGGGUCCAGGCAGUAGUCUUGCGUGAGGCUAGAAUGGGAUUUGUGCAACGCUGAAGCCCCUUGUUGGCCACGUUACUGCCUCUUCCGUGCGUUGGGGUCGCCAAGAAUUCCCACUGGCUGUGGCUGUUCCUUGAGCUCCGGUGAGGCCGAGGUAAUUUCACACACCCGAAAUGGGACACAAAGUGGUCGUAUUCGACAUUUCUGUCGUCAGAGCCUUGUGGGAAACUCGUGUCAAGAAGCACAAAGCCUGGCAGAAGAAGGAGGCAGAAAGGCUUGAGAAAAGUGCUUUGGAAAAGAUAAAGGAAGAGUGGAAUUUCGUGGCCGAGUGCAGGAGGAAAGGCAUCCCCCAGGCUGUGUACUGCAAGAAUGGCUUCGUAGACACCAGCGUGAGGCUUCUGGAAAAGAUCGAAAGGAACUCUCUCACCAGGCAGAGUUUGCUUUCCAAGGAGAGAGACAAACGGAGCAGUGCGUUUGUGUUUGAACUUUCGGGGGAGCAGUGGACGGAGCUCCCGGAUGCGUUGAAGGAGCAGACACACCUAAAAGAAUGGCACAUCAGCAAUACCCUGAUUCAAAUCAUUCCUACCUAUAUCGAGCUGUUUCAAGCGAUGAGAAUUCUGGAUCUGCCAAAAAACCAAAUCUCCCAUCUUCCGGCUGAAAUUGGUCGUUUGCAGAACCUGAGAGAACUCAAUGUGAGUUUCAACCAUCUGAAGAGCAUCCCUCCGGAGCUGGGGGACUGCGAAAAUCUCGAGAAACUGGAUUGUUCCGGAAAUCUGGAAUUAACUGAGCUCCCCUUUGAAUUAAGUAACUUGAAGCAAGUGACAUUCGUAGACAUCGCGGCAAACAAGUUUGCCAGUGUCCCAAUCUGUGUCCUGAGGAUGUCGAAUUUGCAGUGGUUGGAUAUUAGCAACAAUGGCCUGACCGACCUGCCCCAAGAUAUAGACAGGCUAGAAGAGCUACAGACCUUUAUCUUGUAUAAGAACAAGCUGACCUACCUUCCGUACGCCUUGCUUAACCUAAAGAAGCUGGCCUUGUUAGUCGUCAGUGGGGACCAUUUGGUGGAGCUCCCCACGGCCCUGUGUGACUCGUCCACACCUUUAAAAUUUGUAAGCCUUAUGGACAAUCCUAUUGAUAAUACCCAGUGUGAAGACGGUGUGGAAGUGAUGGAAAGUGAACAAGAUCGUCAACACUUUGAUAAAGAAUUUUUGAAAGCCUAUAUUGAAGAUCUUAAAGAAAGAGAAUCUGUUCCCAGCUAUACCACCAAAGUAUCUUUCAGCCUUCAGCUUUAAUACCAUCCAUCAGAAGACUGCAGAAUCUCCCUGUCCCGUGGAGCUAGCAAUCUUGGUGUUGUGGAAUAACGGUUUGUGCGUAAGGACAAAGUCUAGACACCACGGUCAUAGUUAGGAAAAAUGGUUUUCAAAUUUCACAUUUAUGAAUACUUCUCUCUGGGGGCUGGAGAGUUGAUAAACGGGUUUAUAGAAGUCAUAUGUAAGGGUUCAUUUGCAUAUACUUAUUUCCAAACAAUCCACCUUUAAUAUUUUAGAAAAUGCGUUCGUUUUAAAAAUUAUAACUCAAA